GGACAGAGAUGAGUUCUCCAUCUCACCAAGAGAGAAAAGACAAAGUGGAUCUAAAAUUAAUGUGUGAAGUUUCCAGCCCCCUCCAUCCAAAGCUCAGAGACUGAACAGACAAGAUCAUCUGGCUUCCCCGUGAUGCUCAUGCUUUGCUAAGUACUGGUGGCCAUCGAAGUUUUUGCAUCCUGGGGACGAAUCCUGAGCUUACCAGAGACGGACGGCGCAAGCAGGUCCGGGCUCUGGUUCCCUGUGAGAAGCCGCUGCGGCCCGCCGAGAUGUCCCGGCACCAGAGCCGCUUCGAAAGAGAUUACCGCGCGGGCUGGGACCGCCGUGAGUGGAGUGUCAAUGGGACCCAUGGGACCACCAGCAUCUGCAGCGUCACUGCGGGGGCUGGUGGUGGCACAGCCAGCGGUCUCAGUGCACGGCCAGGCCUCCUGCCACUUCCAGUGGUGCCCUCUCGACUGCCCACACCAGCCACGGCCCCCGCUCCCUGUACCACCGGCAGCAGUGAGGCCAUCACCAGCCUCGUGGCCAGCUCUGCCUCUGCAGUCACCACCAAGGCUCCUGGCAUCUCCAAAGCGGACAAUCAGUCCCAGGGACUUACAACCAGCAUCCGGUGGGGGCAGACACCCAUCAAUCAGUCCACGCCCUGGGACACUGAUGAGCCACCUUCCAAACAGAUGAGGGAGAGUGACAAUCCAGGCACAGGGCCAUGGGUGACCACGGUGGCCGCCGGGAACCAGUCUGCCCUGAUCGCACACUCCUAUGGAGUGGCCCAGCCUCCCACCUUCAGCCCGGCUGUGAACGUCCAGGCCCCAGUCAUCGGGGUGACCCCCUCACUGCCUCCCCACGUGGGGCCCCAGCUCCCGCUGAUGCCAGGCCACUACUCACUCCCACAGCCGCCCUCCCAGCCACUGAGCAGUGUGGUGGUGAACAUGCCUGCCCAAGCCCUGUAUGCCAGCCCUCAACCCUUGGCCAUGUCCACCCUGCCUGGUGUAGGGCAGGUGGCCCGCCCAGGACCCACCGCUGUGGGCAACGGCCACAUGGCAGGUCCCCUGCUGCCUCCACCACCUCCGGCCCAGCUGUCUGCCACUCUCCCCAGCAAUGCCCCUGCCACUAAUGGGCCCCCCACCACAGACUCGGCCCACGGGCUACAGAUGCUGCGGACGAUUGGCGUGGGGAAGUAUGAAUUCACCGACCCAGGGCACCCCAAAGAAAUGUUGAAGGAAUUGAACCAGCAGCGCAGAGCGAAAGCGUUUACAGACCUGAAAAUUGUUGUUGAAGGCAGAGAGUUUGAAGUCCACCAAAAUGUUCUAGCUUCCUGCAGCUUGUAUUUCAAGGACCUGAUUCAAAGGUCUGCUCAGGAUGGCAGCCGGAGCGGUCGGGAGAAGUUGGAGCUGGUGCUGCCCAACCUGCAGGCGGACGUGCUCGAGCUGCUGCUGGAGUUCGUCUACACUGGCUCGCUGGUCAUCGACUCGGCCAACGCCAAGACUCUGCUGGAGGCUGCCAGCAAGUUCCAGUUCCACACCUUCUGCAAAGUCUGUGUGUCCUUUCUUGAGAAGCAGUUGACCGCCAGCAACUGCCUGGGUGUGCUGGCCAUGGCUGAGGCUAUGCAGUGCAGUGAGCUAUACCACAUGGCCAAGGCCUUCGCGCUGCAGAUCUUCCCUGAAGUGGCAGCUCAGGAGGAGAUCCUCAGCAUCUCCAAGGAUGACUUCAUUGCCUACGUCUCCAAUGACAGCCUCAACACCAAGGCCGAGGAGCUGGUAUAUGAGACAGUCAUCAAGUGGAUCAAGAAGGACCCUGCAUCACGUGCACAGUAUGCACCUGAGCUCCUGGCUGUCGUCCGCCUCCCCUUCAUCCACCCCAGCUACCUGCUCAAUGUGGUGGACAAUGAGGAGCUGAUCAAGUCUUCAGAAGCAUGUCGAGACCUGGUAAACGAAGCCAAACGCUACCACAUGCUGCCCCACGCCCGCCAGGAGAUGCAGACACCGCGAACCCGGCCCCGCCUCUCCGCAGGUGUGGCCGAGGUCAUCGUUUUGGUUGGGGGCCGUCAGAUGGUGGGGAUGACCCAGCGCUCACUGGUGGCUGUCACCUGCUGGAACCCGCAGAACAACAAGUGGUACCCCUUGGCCUCGCUGCCUUUCUAUGACCGCGAGUUCUUCAGUGUAGUGAGUGCCGGGGACAACAUCUACCUCUCAGGUGGGAUGGAAUCAGGAGUGACGCUGGCUGAUGUCUGGUGCUACAUGUCCCUGUUGGAUAACUGGAACCUGGUCUCCAGGAUGACAGUCCCUCGCUGUCGCCAUAAUAGCCUCGUCUAUGAUGGAAAAAUUUACACCCUUGGGGGACUUGGUGUGGCAGGAAAUGUGGACCAUGUGGAGAGAUACGACACUAUCACCAACCAAUGGGAGGCAGUGGCCCCACUGCCCAAAGCAGUGCACUCCGCAGCAGCUACUGUAUGUGGAGGCAAGAUCUACGUGUUUGGUGGAGUGAACGAAGCAGGCCGAGCUGCAGGUGUCCUCCAGUCUUACGUGCCACAGACCAAUACGUGGAGCUUCAUCGAGUCCCCAAUGAUUGACAACAAGUAUGCACCCGCUGUCACACUCAAUGGCUUUGUGUUCAUCCUGGGAGGAGCUUAUGCCAGAGCCACCACUAUCUAUGACCCAGAAAAAGGCAACAUCAAGGCAGGCCCAAACAUGAACCACUCUCGCCAGUUCUGCAGUGCCGUGGUGCUCGAUGGCAAGAUUUAUGCAACCGGAGGCAUUGUGAGCAGUGAGGGGCCGGCCCUGGGCAACAUGGAAGCCUAUGAGCCCACUACCAACACGUGGACGCUCCUACCCCACAUGCCCUGCCCUGUUUUCAGACACGGAUGUGUUGUGAUAAAGAAAUAUAUUCAAAGCGGCUGACAUCAACAGAAUCCCACGCCAAGACUGUGGACAAGUCUGGUGAGGCAAAUGCUACACACAAUGGUAUUCUUUCAGUGACACCAAUAAGAGGCCCACAAAACACAAUCAAGGAACUCACUGCGCUAAACAUUUCAAAUAUUCUCUACGUUGAAUGUAGAAAAACCAUCCUCACCUUUGGGUGAAGCAGGGCCCAGCGCUGCUGGCAGCAGGAACCUGAAACAUGCCAUGCCAGGCCUCGCUGGCCAGUGGAUGUGCCUACUCUGAAUGGGGCACUCGCUCUGCCCGGUGCAAUAGUUUCACAUAUUUUUCAACUGGGAGAGGAGCUGUUUUUUCCUUCUUGCAGAGCAAGCUUGAUCCCCAAACCACCAUAGAUCACUUGUCUUACAACAAUAUUAGGCAUCAGGCUCUUUUGGAAUAAGAUCAAAGUGUCCUUAUCACUUUGAUUCCUACUUUUUUAAAAACUCAAUCUACACUUUCAAGUGGCCAAGAGAAAAUGAGGGACAGGACUGUGCAGCGCAGCCUGGGGGGCUGCUGGUCCCCGCGGGACAGAGCCAGGGGGCAGCGCAGAGGUCACUGGAGAAAGCAGUCUGUCCUUCAUGGGCUCUUCUACCACAAUUUUGCUGCAGAAGGACAAGGAUGUGCUAGCUUUCUCUUACCCACUACGAAUUAUUUAGAUUCCCAAGGCAUUUUCUUGAUACACAGAAGGCUAUUUUUAAGUACUGAGAGGAGGAGAGGCCACAAGAGGAAUGAUGAUGUGGGGAUUCCCAAAGCUCUUCGUAGGUAGUGCCAGAGAGGGGCACUUGCUCUCAUUUUUCUAUGUGCAGAACAGAGGAUCUCUCCUGGCGUGGGUCAUGCCCCCACUUUAUUUUUGGAAAAAGUAACUCCCAAAUAUCCCCAUAAGACUGUGCCUCAUGGAGGCAUCACCAGAGGAAGGGUCUAGUCUUCUAGUGGACACAGUUCUGGCUUCUGACACCAGUCCAGCUCCCUCCAUGAGGUAAAGCUGAGGACCUAGAUCAGAAGGGACCGGGGGAGGGAGGGAGGGAGGGAGAAGAAAUGUCUACAAAGCACAGGAGACUAUUUUUGAUAUUUAUAGCUAUAUAUUCAAGGCACCUGCCACAAGAGCUCUCAGGAUGGGGACAGCCUUUUUAGACGAGCCAUGACAGCCACGGCCUGAGGAGCAUGAGCAGAAUCACUCUUCUUGUCACGUACUGACCUGAGAAAAGGGAAAGCAGGAGGGAGGUCAUGCCGAGGCUCAAAAGAGAAAGGCCUUCCCAGUAGUCCUUAGACCCUCAAACCUCACCCGGCCAUCAGUUCCCAUUCCAGGGCAGGAAGAAGGCCACCACCACAGCGCUGUUCAGUUGAAGUUGGUACCAAAUACACAUUUACCAUUUUUCUACCUGGGAAGCCAGCUCACCAUCAUUUCAUGAUAAGAACCAUUUAUAAGGAGAAAGAGGACACGCUUUUCAUCAUUCAGUAUUUGAUGACACAAAAUUCCAAUUCUAAUGUUGGGCAUCAACUUCUAGCACUACAAGUGUGGCUCCCACUUGGACAAGAUACCGAGCUUCGUUAUGCAGUUUUUAAUAUUAUUUAUUAUUUUAAAAAGUAAUAAGCACAAAACUACAUACAUUGUAUGUCAUUUAAAGUAUUUAUGUCAAAACAGGGUGCAAGUGUGAACCCAAGGACUGGAGCACAAAUUUCUAACUGCCUGGGGCAGGGCGAAUGUGAGCAUUGGUGUGCGUCUGCCUCCAAGGGAGGUGCUAGUGGUCAACGAGACUCCACACAGAUGACACUGAAAUUCCGUUUCUCUCCUCAUCUAUCACACUGGAGCAAAACUGGCUAUUUCUGUGAAUGAUAUAAAACAGGGUUCUCUGUAAUGGUAUUGUACAUAGUAUAUGUUUACUGUUAAGUUCUUGUUAUAUUAUAAUAAAUAUAUUUAUAGAUCUA